CAGUCAACCACGUAACCUCUCACUCUGCGUCAUUCAGUGUUGUUUAUGUAUGUAGCUAGUGAGCUAAGCUGUAGCAUUAGCAAUGUCUUUCAAAAGGAGACAUCUCACAAAUGUGGUAAUUCUGGAGAUUUUUUACAAUUCUGACAAUGAGUCUGAGUAUGAAAGUCAGGAAUCAGAUUCUGACAGUGACAGUGAGGAGCUGCCCCCCAACCUUGUAGCCAUUGAGAACCCUGAAUCUGAAUUUCCCUUGUCAACUGACGAAGUACCAGGUCCCUUUGAAGAUGCUAGUGGUGAUGGAGGCGGACCAACAGUGGAUGAAGUACAGGAGUUCUGUGGUACCUGGAAGGCCACCAGUCAUUUCACCCCUCCUGGACCUGCUGUUUGCUUUGACGAGUCCCAGUCUGGAGUGCAACGCCCCUUGCCAUUUCCAACUGAGGCAGAGUGCUUCAAGUUGUUUCUGACAGAGGAGCUGGUGGGAAACAUAGUAGAAGAGACCAAUCGCUAUGCCUUGGAGCUACAGGAGAUGAGAGCCAGGAGUGAGGGGGAAACUCGCUAAAAGGGUGACAACCACAAUUAGUGAAAUGUAUACCUUCCUGGUGACAGUUCUCCUCAUGGGAUAGUAAAGAAGAACUCUAAGAGAAUACUGGAGCACAGAUCCUAUGUUUGCAACUCCCUUCUUUGCCACCCUCUUUUCCCAAGACCGCUUCCUAGUUCUGUUGCGAUGCCUGCAUUUCAUCAACAAUGCUACUGCCAUCCUAAGUGACCCGUUAUACAAAAUAAGAAAUGUUCUUAUCAGCCUGACAUCAGCAUUUGGUCAGGUCUUUGUGCCAUACAAGGACCUAUGCAUUGAUGAGUCCCUGAUGUUAUGGAAAGGUAGGCUGGCAUUCCGUCAAUAUAUUCCCUCCAAAAGGCACAGGUUUGGAGUCAAGUUCCUUGUCAUGUGCGACGUGAAGAGAGGAUUUGUCCAGGAUAUUAUAGUUUACACAGGGUCCACCACUGACAUAAAACAUUAUGAGGGGCUUGGGGUGUCCGGGUCCGUGGUGAUGACCAUGCUGGCUCCUCAUCUUGGCAAGGGACACACUUUGCAUGUGGACAAUUGGUACAGCAGUCCCACACUCUUCCAGCAUCUGCUCUCCAACAGCACAGGGGCCUGUGGCACAGUCGUGUCGAACAGGAAGGGGAUGCCGGCAUUCGGAUGCAGGAAGAUGCAGAGAGGGGAGGUGGAGUUCCAGGAGAACGGUCAACAGCUGGCAGUAAAGUGGCAUGACAAACGAGACGUCCAUGUCCUCUCCACUGUCCAUACAGCAACCAUGUCGGCAACAGGGAAGGUGGACCACCUGACGGGAGAGAGAAAGAUCGAACCAGAUUGUGUGCUUGAUUAUAACCUCAAAAUGGGGGCUGUGGAUAAGGCAGACAUGAUAAACAGCUUUGUGGAAUGCACACGGAAAACGACCAAGUGGUAUAAGAAGAUAUUUUUCCAUCUGAUCGACACUGCUGUCCUCAACGGCAGCGUAGUUCACCGCCAACUAACAGGUAAAGUAAUUACCUACCAAAAAUACAGAGAGAACCUCAUGAGAGCUGCUGGAGGAGCACCACACCCCUUGGCGCCCAUCCACUGGGGGUCGUCCUGCUGUAGACAAUCCCCUACGCCUCACUGCACGGCAUUUUCCCUGCAAUGUCCCUCAAACUGCUGCUCAAGGUAGUCGCACACGGAGGCACUGCAAAGUCUGCCUGUCUGGCGCCAGGAGAAGUAAGCAGAGGAAGAUGACAAAAUACAUGUGUUUAGCUUGUAAUACACCUCUAUGUAUUUCACCAUGCUUUGAGGAGUAUCACAUGCUCAGGCAUUAUUGAGCACAUCUGCAGCAAUAAGUGACUGACUGACCUGACAGGUGACCAGCCAUGAUACUAUGCCUUUAGAGAUGGGGGUGGAAAUGCAGUUGUUGUUCAGUCACUGCAUGGAUAUUAAAUAUGGGUUAUGCAUAUUCUGUUUUUUGUCCUCUAGUAAAACAAGUUGUUGAACCAACUACCAAUACUGCAAUAAAAUAGAUGACUAUUACAUAUUGGCAUAUGUGUUUUCUUGCUGUGUUUUCAUCCAGUACAACUGUUAAGGAGUGUACGUUAGCAUACAAAAGCUGUCAUUCUUCAGCUCCAAAGAUGUCCAGCUCCAGUUAUGAUAUUGGAAAAUAAUGUUUGUGGUUUCUGAAAGUACAAAAUAAAUACGAAUUAUUCAUUAGAAUACAAUAUAAGGAUAUAGCAAUAAAACAAUACUACAAAGAAGUAACAUAAUAAACACUGCUAUAAAAAAUAGUUUAUUGCAUUGACAAAAUCACAGAUUUUAGUUAUAACAGUAAGAAACUAACUUUUGAGUUCCACAUGGGGGGCAAGGCAGGGCAGAAUAGACCAAAUAAACAAACCAUGGUCAUAUUUUUAUUUAU